AUGUCCACUGAAUCACGUCCAAAAGUUUUCUUUGAUAUCUCAAUUGGUGAUGAACCAAAAGGUAGAGCUAUUUUUGAACUUUUCAAUGAUAUUGUUCCAAAGACUGUGGAAAAUUUCAGAGCUUUAACUACAGGUGAAAAAGGUACCACUGAAUCAGGUAUUGAAUUAUCAUAUAAAAAUUCCACAUUCCAUCGUAUAAUUAAAAAUUUUAUGCUUCAAGGUGGUGAUUUUACAAAUCAUAAUGGUACUGGUGGUGUAUCAAUUUAUGGUGAAAAAUUUGAAGAUGAAAAUUUCAAAUUAGUACAUGAUAAACCAUUCUUAUUAUCAAUGGCUAAUGCUGGUCCAAAUACAAAUGGUUCACAAUUUUUCAUUACUACAGUACCAACACCUCAUUUAAAUGGUAAACAUGUUGUUUUCGGUAGAUUAUUACAAGGGAAAUCAUUAAUUAGAGCUAUGGAAAGAACUGAAACGGAUUCUGGUGAUAAACCUUUGUCUCCUGUGAAGAUUACAGAUUGUGGUGAAUUACCAUCUGAUUAUGUUAUUGAACCUGCUGCACCAAAACAAGAUGAUGGUACUGGUGAUAUUUAUGAAGAAAUCUUGGCUGAUAAUGAUAAUAUUGAUGUUGAAGAUUCUAAAAGUGUUUUCAAAGCUAUAAAUCACUUGAAAGAAAUUGGUACCACUUUAUUUAAAUCAAAAGAUUUUGAAAAAUCAUUUGAAAAAUAUUCAAAAGCUUUAAGUUAUUUAGAUGAUUAUUUCCCAGAAGAUUUAUCCUCUGAAGAUAUAGAAGCUUUAAACAAUUUGAAAAUUUCAGUCAAUUUAAAUGUUGCAUUAUUAGGUUUAAAAGUUAAGAAUUUCAAUAAAACUAUUAAAUCUUCAACAAAUGUUUUGGAAUUAUUGGAAUCUGAAUCUAAAAAUGAUGAAAAAUCUCAAACCAAGGCAUUAUAUCGUCGUGGUGUUGCUUAUUUAAACCUCAAAAAUGAAGAAUCAGCUUUAACAGAUCUUGAAGAAGCUUUAAAAAUUUCUCCAAAUGAUGGUGCUAUUAUUAAUUCAAUUAAUGAUGUUAAAAAAAUUGAAAAAGAACGUAUUGCUAAAGAGAAAAAAGCAUUCAGUAAGAUGUUCAAAUAA